GCGAAAUAGAUUGCUUGGGAUUAUCUUCUUAUCCUAGAAUAUCUGCUCUUAAUCAGUGGAUUAUGAGCAAUAUCAUGGAUUCAGUGCCUUGUGAAAAGGCCAGUUACCAAAUAACGCCAAACGAAACCAACUACUUGUGAAAUGCAUCGAAGGCACUUCCUUAUAGUUAUGAUAAAAUCUGUAGUGGUAGGAUCUCAACCUAACAUUACUCAACUUCAAUGUGAUUGCGGACGUGCUAAUGAAAGAGGACCGAAAAUUGUGGGUGGUGCUGAAGUUCAUCCAUAUAAAUACCCUUGGAUGGUUGCAGUGUAUCUUGGAUACUUUUUUCAUUGCGGAGGUUCUUUAAUCACUCGUCAGUAUGUCUUGACUUCAGCCAGUUGUCUGAAAAUGAAUGGGAGCAUAUCUGUCGGAAUAGCUGUUCACAAUUGGGCCUGGCCACAUCAGAGGAUAGCAGCAUCAGAAGUAAAGAUUCACCCGAACUAUAAAAGAAAAGAAUCGUCUUACGACGUCGGUUUGAUCAAGCUUUCGAAAGCAGUUACAAUAUCAGAACGAGUUCGACCUCUUUGCUUGCCUCAGAAUGUGGAAUAUGAACGACCUGGCAGGCACGCCAUUGCUGCGGGGUGGGGUGAAACAAAGUCUGCACAGACAGACGGAAGUCAAGGUAGUCUAGUGAACCAGUAUUUAAAAGAAAUCGAAUCGAGAAUAGUGAACACAAAUGAUUCGAUAAUCACAGCUGUAGGAGUAAACGGCCGCGGUGUUUGCUAUGGUGAUUCUGGUUCUCCCUUAUUUACAAGAUAUGCAGAUGGAAAAUUCCACGUGAUAGGAGUGAUUUCAAGAGGCCCUUCAAAUUGCUCGGGACCCUUUUUAUCUCCUAGAAUAUCGCCAAUUAAUCAGUGGAUUAGGAGGAAUGUUAUGGACUCAGAGCCAUGUGAAAAGGCCAUUUACCAAAUAAAGCCAAAUGACACCAGCUACAUGUGAAAUUCAUCAAAAUCAUUUCAUUAUUCUUAUGAUAGAACCUGAGACUGAUAAGAAGAUAAAAAUAAUGUUGUGAAAAGGAAUUUGGAAGUCUGCUAAAUACAUAUAAAAUAAUU